GUCUUUGUUCGAGGAGAGAAGGCUUAUCUUACAAAAAUCGAGCUGGAACGAGCAGAGGUCUGUGAACUCGAGCUGUGAGAGUGCUGAGACUGUUUGGUCGAUAUCUCGAGUUUUACAAAUCCAAUUAAGGCGUGUGAGAUACCCACAGAAAGCUCUCAAGACGAGGAAUCCGUGAAGGUCUGGUUUGCAGGAAUCGGAGUUGUGGAAGGCUUCCAAAUCGUCCGAGCAAAACACAAGGGUUGAACUAGCACUUUGAGGAGGCUGUUUAACACUCAUAUUUGAGCAAGGAAUCAGUUCCAAUUCCACCUUGACCAAAGCUUUGACCAUUGGACCAAGAAGGGAAAGUUUAAAGCUCAAUUGAGAAAGAACUCUCAAACACAACCGGAAGGAAAGAAAGGCGAAGAUGGAAGUGCUUCCUGGUUGAUCUGAGAAGGUGGAUGGUUGAUGGCCGCUUAUCGUUCGGACAUAUCCUUCGGGAAAUGAACAGGCCUGCGCAUUUCUUGUCUAAACUUAAUUUGGAGGAUCAGACUAUUUUUAACAACAUUAGGAACUUGCCUGGCUAUAUUAGACAUGCUAUUGUUGCUGAUAAAUUAGGCUUGAGUUUCUUUAGAAUCAUGUAAUUGUUUUUAUUGGGUCAGGUUUGGUCCCCCCAAUUAUUUUUUAAUCUCUUUUAAUAAAAUUUUGGCAACUGUCUCCCGGCAUUUGCCCCACUGGAUGCGGUGGUUUGCCUUCCGGGAUAAAAAAAAAAAAAAAAAAAAAAAAAAAAAAAGAAAGGCGAAGAUGAUGCCAACACUCAAUGAAAGGAAGAGGCCCGUGGUUGCCGCCACUCCCUCAUGCAUUGUCCUAAGCGAGGCGGCUCGGGACUAUGAAAUGAAAAAUAGCUACUUCAAUGCUAUGCCUCAAUUUCAUGGCCUUCCGGGGGAGAAUCCACUAAACUUCAUCACCGAGUUCUAUGGAUUCAUCCAAGGAAUCCCUAGGCAUGGUCUCACCGAGGAUGAUCUUAAACUCAAAAGCUUUCCCUAUACCUUGAAAGGGGGAGCAAGGGGAUGGUUCUUGGAGCAAACACCGGCAACUUUCACAACGUGGGAAGGUAUCUAUAAUGCUUUCAUUUCCAAGUAUUAUACACCCACGAUGACUCAAGAGCUAAGGCAACGAAUCUUCAACUUCAAACAACAAGUUGGAGAACUAUUCCAAGACGCAUGGAGGCGUUUCAAAGCCUUGUUGAAGGAAUGCCCACAUCACCGCAUUCCUCUUGAUCUUCAAAUUGAUACGUUCUACAAUGGUUUGAACUCUUCAUGUCAAGCCAUUGUAGAUAACCGUGCGGAGGGCUAUAUUGGCAACAAAACUGAAACGGAGGCUUUGAGAAUCCUUGAAUCCAUUGCUUCCAAUCCUCAACUACAAGGAGGAGAUGUCAAAUUAGCCGGUGUGAGUGAGGUGUCCAUAGCUCAUGAAUUGGACAAGCGGUUUGCUGAUUUUCAAC